CACAAACAGGAAGAGGCGGGGCCUCAGUUAAGGACGCUCGCCGUGCGUUGUUCAUUCAACAUGGCAGCGGGACCAAUUUCAGAGAGAAACCAAGACGCCACUGUGUAUGUCGGCGGCUUGGACGAGAAGGUAUCUGAGCCAUUACUAUGGGAGCUUUUCCUGCAGGCGGGUCCUGUGGUCAACACACACAUGCCCAAAGACAGGGUCACUGGCCAACAUCAGGGUUAUGGCUUUGUUGAGUUCCUCAGUGAAGAGGAUGCUGACUAUGCCAUCAAAAUCAUGAAUAUGAUAAAGCUCUAUGGCAAACCAAUUAGAGUUAAUAAGGCCUCUGCACACAAUAAAAACCUGGAUGUGGGUGCUAACAUCUUCAUUGGUAAUCUGGACCCGGAGAUUGAUGAGAAGCUGCUCUACGACACAUUCAGCGCCUUUGGCGUGAUCCUCCAGACGCCAAAGAUCAUGCGAGACCCAGACACUGGCAACUCCAAGGGUUAUGCUUUUAUCAAUUUUGCCAGCUUUGACGCAUCAGAUGCCGCCAUUGAGGCCAUGAAUGGUCAGUAUCUCUGCAACAGGCCUAUCACAGUGUCCUAUGCCUUCAAGAAGGAUUCAAAGGGAGAACGUCAUGGCUCGGCUGCAGAACGACUCCUGGCUGCACAAAACCCUCUCUCCCAGGCAGACAGGCCACAUCAGCUGUUCGCAGACGCUCCGCCACCACCCAGUGCUCCGACGCCGGUCCUGACGGCAAUGGGAAGUGGGAUGCCCAUGCCAGGCAUGCCACCUCCUGGUUUUCCUCCUGUUCCUCCUCCUGGAUCGAUGCCGCCAUCAAUGCCCCCUUCAAUGUCCAUGCCUCCAAAUGCAGGGGGACCAGGCCCACAGGCUGGCGGUGGUGGGCCUCCUCCCGGACCACCACCCUUCCCUCCUGCCAACAUGCAUCCAGGUAUGCCUCAGAUGCCCAUGCCUCCUCCAGCUCCUCCUGGCAUGGUGCCCCCACCUCCUGCUCCCCCAGGAUCAAAUCAAGCACGGGCGCCGCCACCUCCUGGUAUGCCCCCACCCCCGCCUAUGGGCAUGCCACCCAGAGCGCCGUAUGGACCUCCCAUGGGUCCACAUGUGCCUCCAGGUAUGAGAGGGCCUCCUCCUCCCAUGCCUCCACCUGGCUACGGUGCAGGCCUUCCACCUCGUCCUCCAUUUGGCUUCCAGAGAGGGCCUCCAAUGCCUCCAAGGCCCCCCGGUGUCCUGCCCCGCGUUCCUAUGAGAGCACCAAUGCCACCGUAAUCCAUCUUAGACUGCAGAAAUGGGCUCUCUUUCUGAUUUUAAAAAAACAUCUUAAGAUCUACUCAAGUUUGUUAUAGUGAGAAUAAUUUAACCCCCUGUUUGUAUUUUUUUUGGUCACUGUACAGAUGAAGACCUUUUGACAAAUAAAAAUUUUAGUACA